AUGCUGAACCAGCGCAUUUCGCACGCUAUCCUUCACCAGGUUCACCUCCUCCAGGAUUUCCUUCUCCUGUUGGCUGACAAAGCGCGCGAACCCGGACGGGGCGGCGGGGUUGAUCAUCGUCGGCAGGCUCAGGACGCUGCUAUUGCAGCUCCCGUGAGGGACAUUUCCGCUCUUUUCCCCCCCCGCCGAGUGGGUUGGACCGGUGGAAACGUCGCCAUUCGACAUCCCCUUCGAGGUGGUGGGGCCCCCUGCCGCGAUCCUAUCCCCGGACUCCAUUUUCGAGCCGGAAGCGCUUUCGGCAGGAGCCAAGGACGCUUUCGGGACGUUUUCCGAACCUUCGGAGAGCCUCACUGGGCUCUCGUCGUGGUUCCCACUCCAGGCACUGCCAAGGGGUUUUCGUGCUUCCUUCGCGCACUCUUCCAGAUAUAA